AGCUGGGUAAGCUUUAAGAUUUAGUUUUCAUCUUCACUCGACAGCAUCAAAAGCUUCUGCUGUAAUCUAAAAUCACCUCGAAUCAUGUUUAUAUUGCAUAAAAAAAAGAAACCCUCUUUUCAUCAUCCUCAUCCCUGUUUAUCUUCACCCCUAUCAUCACCAUUAUUAUCAGUACCAUCAUCAUCUUUAACAUUACCAUCUUCGUGUUCCCUCCACCAUAAUCAUGCCAAUUGUCCAUCUAAUCGUCAAACUGUCAACUUUGUGAUAAAUAGUAAAUUUACAUUCCAAUUCUCAUGGAUCAACCUAACAACCUCCAUUUUGUGGAUUUACUUAGUUCUCUGUACUCUACAUUUUCGAACCUCUUUUGCCCUUUCUUCCUCUGACAGACAUCACACUUAUUCUCGGUCAACGCCAUUAUCUUCCCCAAUAUGUCGACAAGACAGAUCACAGUGUUCAAGUCAACAGGAAAGUGAUUAUUAUGAGUCAGGUGGUUUCAGAUUGGAUACAAUUUUAGGUGAUCCCAUGAGAAGAGUUUCAACCGAGUUUAAUGAUUACACUCGAAAAUUUGAUGAAUUGAUUAAAGAGCUGCUUAAAAAUUCUGAAAAUGGAUUCCAUACAAUGUUUACCAGAACUUAUGGACAACGCUAUGAGAAACAUGCAAGACUUUUCAGCAAUAUGUUCACACUAUUAACUAAAUAUUACAGCUACAAUAAUGUUAACCUAGACUCUGAGUUUACCAAAUUUUUCACCGAUUUAUAUCAGAAGAUAUUCAUAGAACUCAAUAAUCAUUACAUUUUCAGUGAUGAUUAUCUUAAAUGUGUCGCGGCACACAUGGAAACAAUCAACCCUUUCGGUGAUAUACCAAGGAAACUUGUCAUUGAAGUUCAACGAUCUUUUACAGCGGCAAGAGUCUUCAUUCAAUCUCUUGUCACUGCUUCAGAAAUCAGUAAAACAGUUGCAGAGCAUUCGGCAACACCAAACUGUCACAAAUUUUUCGUCCAAAUGAAUUACUGUCAACAAUGUGAAGACUCACCUGAUCGGGUUCCUUGUCGCAACUAUUGCAAUGCUGUAAUGCACACUUGUACGACAAGUUAUCGUCCACUCAAUAAGGAAUGGAACCCGUUCCUUGAUAAAUUAACUGCCAUAAUCAGCCGAUUGGAAACGUCGUUCAACAUUGAAUCAGUCGUUGGUCCUCUUGACAUUAAAAUUUCAGAGGCUAUAAUGAAUUUCCAGGAAAAUGGAAUGACAGUUUCCAAAAGACUCUACAGUAUUUGUGGUAAACCUAAACGUGGCAAGAGACUUGCAAUCAAUCGAAGACCAACAAGUGAAACCUCACCAACACUGGACAAUCGAUCACCAACAGCCUCAAAAUCACCAUUAGACAACUUUUUGGACAGCACAAAAAAACAAUUGAAAAAAAUGAAAGACUUUUGGCAACGAUUACCUGAAACAGUUUGCAACAAUUCAGUGAUUCCGGCAACAAUAGAUGGUUCAGCUGAGCUUAAUAAUAAACCAUGUUGGAGUCAAGAAGAUGGUUCAAUGCAACCAUUGACUGACAAAAGUUCGGAAAUGGAUGAAAAGGUUGUCUUUAUCAACUCUCAAAGAGCUUUACUCCGAAAUGUCAAUUCAAAGUUGGAUGCAGCAUUCAGAGGAUCCGAUAUACCAGAAGAUGAAGAUUUAAGUGGCAGUGGAUCCGGAAGUGGCGAUGGUGAUUAUGAUGAUGAUGACUAUCCUGAUGAUGAUGAACCUGAUGACUAUGAUGUGCCAAAAUCAUCAACAGCUCCACCAGUCUCUUCAGUGUCUCCAGUGUCUGUCACUGUGCAUAACUCAUCAACGACUGUAAAUAAAACUUCUAGUACCAAAGCCGAUAAUGUAACCACCAUUCCAAUCCCUGGUGCGACUCAAGAACCACAAAAUAACCCUGCAACACCCAAGGGUUCAAGUUCAUUGGUAGAGAAGUCAUCUUUAAUGAUUAUUUCACUCACCUUUUUGUCAAUCUUGAUUGGACAAACUCUGUGAUACACUGUAAUAUAACUACUGUUUGUAAUACUAUUGUAAACUCAUACACUUUCAACAGUCAAAUGUAAAUUUAAAUUUUGUAAAAUGUUUUCAUUUCAAGGAAUCAAUCCUUUUUUACUUCAAUAAUCUGUUGACGCUGCAAUCUUCACUCAACGCUUCGAGUCGUCAUUCAUGGACUUAAUUAGAUUGUUUUUUGAAUGAAAAUUUUUCCCUUAAACAGUCGUGAAUGGCGACUAUGAAGAUUGAGUGACGAUUGUAGUUUACAUGUAAUUGCAUGAGAAUAGAGGUUAUCAAACAAUUCACUUUGAUAUGACUCUUUUGUGUACUUUUUGCUAAUACAAUCCCAACCGAUACCUAAAUUUCCUAGACAAUUUAAAUUGUAAAUUUAUCCUUUUAGUAAAGAAAAGUAUUUCACUUUUUAUCCUUGCAAUUUAAA